AUGGCGGAAUGGCGCAUUACGGAUGAGCAGCCCGUGAGAGAGCUCGAGACUUUAGACCACGAACGUUGUGCGGCACUCCACAAUCAGAUUGUGGAGCUUGGUUGGACGCAACGAGGCCUCGCACUGGACAAACUCGACAAACGAACAUGGUGGCAAUGUUAUGGUGGUGAUGCAGCUCUCGCGAGCAUUUCUGCUCGUUUGGACUGCUCUGUCAUCUCAUUUCUGCAGGCGGCCUGGCAUGGGUUUGCAAUGGACAGUUCGGAGCUACGUCACGGAUUCCAUCGAUAUCUUGUUGGUCUAGCUUCACCAGAACAGCUUUGGCAGAACGUCAACUACGCUGAAGACGAGGAUGAUUCAAACAAGCAGCGCUACCUCACCCUUUACAUGGCUAAUUGGGCCCUGGGUGCUAGCCAUCCCCUUGGACUCGUACUGAAUCAGGAAGAUGGUACAGCCAUGCAGCACAUGUCGAUACACGAUACAGAUGUUACCAUGAACGGCCGGCAAACCUGGCUUCCACUAGAGAUUAUCCUUGAUGGCCUCAUCGACAUGAUAGAGCAAGGCAAGGUUGUCGCUGUCGACGAAGACUACGAUGGCGAACAAGAGCGCACGGAACCAUGGAUUAUGCCUCCCUACACGGAACAAGAUGUCCAGGAUACUCUUCAGGCCUUUCGGUCCCUCGUUGAUGCAGUUAGCACCAGGAUGCCGACUCAGAUACAGCACACGGAGAACAGUAUAAUUGAUCUUGUCACUGGUGGUGACUUGGAUUGCUUGCCCUCUGACAGUUUCGCAUAUCGUUUCCUCUCUCAAGCGAAAGCACCGCCCUUCAUCUACAUCGCACCAGGUUUGCGUAUUGCAGAUCAUCAGCCCUUCGCGGCAGUGCCGCUGGAAGAAGAGUCGGCUGAACUAUUCCCUUUACUACUCUUCAGAAGUACUCGUUCUGCCUAUCGAGAGACUCGCCGUGCGCCUUGGGGCGAAGACAUAUUCGAUUCACCAUUUCCCCACGAAUUCCACUCCAUCACGACUUACCCAGCUGGUCUCUACCUAACAGAAACGGAGCCUCAGGAGACGCACCCUUUCGAAGAUGGCUGCAGACUAGUCUUGCCAUUCACUCUUGGUAACAACGCGUGUGCGCGAACCAGCGAUGGCGCACUCAUAGGGGAGAAACUUCAUUCUCAUGGGGAUAUCGAUGUAGCUAGCAUCAAGCCGAAGAGUACAGAGCUGUAUCAGCUUGGAUACAAUCACUUCAUCGAGGCACAUGAUGUCCAGCUCAAACAUGUGCUUUGGAAGUGGGUAGACAUGGUCGAAGAGGGAAAAUGGAAGGUUGAUGCUCAAGGAGUCGUGGGAGGUAUGGAGAAAUGGAAGGAGGCGGAUACAGAGGAUGUAUGGCAGGAUUAUCAACUGCUGAUGAGCUGGUAA